AUGCCAAUCAUCACCACAACUACCCGUACCACGCGCACCUAUCACACCACCUCCAAUGGAUCUCCAGCAAUGGGCGAGAUUUCAUUGAACACUCACUACCUCUCCACCAACCGUGGAAUUAUCAAGAUCCUCCAAAUUAUUGCAGGAUUCAUCAUCUGCUCCCUCCUCUGUAGUCAGUGGUACGGAGGACGUUCCUGCUUCGGCGAGGGUCGUCUCGGUUUUUCCUCUGGACUCAACUUUGUCUGCGUCAUUGUCAACAUCGUUCUCUUCAUCCUGAACUUCCUCAACAUCAGAGCCUGGGGACUGGAAAGAAUCUACACCGUUAUUUGCACUAUCCUCUUCCUCAUCGCAUCCAUCCUCAUCGUCUGGUUCGUCAUCGAGGUCAACUCGUCCCGUGGAUGGCUCAUUGCGAGUGCCGUGCUCAUUAUCGUCCAGUUCUUCUUGUUCUUGUGGGAUCUCAAGAUUCUCCAGGGAGAAUCCCCAAAUUAGAUGAUAACUUUUCCUUGACUGCCAACGACUUUGCUUUUUGAACUGUAUCUACCUGUCAUUACCAUGUAAUCAAAAUGCAUUUCUUGCAUAAUUUUCCAUUCAAAUUUCUCGACGUUUUGUAUUCAUAUUCCAUAUUUUGUGUAAUUGCAAUUUCGAUUUCAAUUUUGACCAAAUAAAUUUUGUAUAAAUCAAA